AUGUCCAAACGGUCAGCGUCGAAAUCACCAGCAUCCCCACCCAAGAAAGUACGUCGAUCCAUGCAGCCCGAGGAUUUAGAAACAAUGGUUCCUGAGUCUCAUAGGAAGUGGCCCGUCGACCAAGUGCCAGUCGAGAUCUUCCAACUCAUAUGCGACUUCCUCCCCCGCGCCUCGGUGCAAUGCAUGCGCCUGGUAUGCCGCGAGUUCGACCGCAUGGUCUCGGCCCACUACUUUCGGAACGUCGUGGCACCCUUCCGGGCGGCCCUCUACGGAUCCCCCGAUAAUCACAGCGGUGCCCUGGCUGUGGGUAGUGCUGGCGGGGAGGAGCUUCGUACCGUCUUUCACGUAUUUGGCGAACACAUAAGGGCCUUUGCCCUGGCGCUCGAGCUCAACGAGGUCGAUUUAGCUUUUCCACCAGAGAAGCUCACGCAGCAGGUCAUCAAGACGCCCUGGGGUCUAUACCGGUGGCCGCUCAGGGAUUACCAACGAUACAGUGACCUGGAGGCUAUAGAGGACCAGGCCGAUGAGACGGCGCUGCUCACCAGUUCAUUCAGAAAGCUCGGCCAGCUCAGUGAGCUCGGUCUGUCUUGCGAUGCUGGGCUUGGUUUUCUCCAGGGUCCUGACCUCAACAAAUAUGCGCCGCGGACUCUGCCCCGCGUCUUCAAAAGCGCCCGGUACAAGCCCGAAGCUCUGACCAGCCAUUCAAUGGAUGGCACCGUGGAGAACGGUAGAGCACGUCGAUAUGACCAACUUCAACGGAUGAUGGUUAAUGCUGGGUACUCUGCCGAAGAGAUUCCAGGGGCCAUUGACUAUCUGAAAACCUGCGAAGGUCGAGCGUCACCCCGAAAGUAUGCAGAGGACGAGGGUAUGAUACCGAUAGUCGACUCUUCUGAGGCUGGAUUCGAAAACGCCAAUGUUGCCCCUUCUGAUGUGCCACCCAGGCCUGAGGCUCUGUUGUUGGAUGAUGGCACAGAUGACGAGCCGCUACCUGACGUCGACAUCGACGAAGCCCCUGUACAGAACCCUGUCCCACCAUGGUUCGACAUAAAUCGCUGGGCGACCAAGGCAACCAAGCAAAUAAAGAGCAAUCCUUUAGAGCCGCAAGACCUGACGGCCGCGCAGAGAGAAAUGCUGUUGGAGAUGUCUUGGGCCCACGAUGCUCUGGUACAGUCGUUUGUCAUAUCGGUCACUGACAACUACGACGCGUUCAGGAACGUCAUGAGCUUCAACAUUGCCCGCAUUCCUGCCCACCUUGUUGGCACGCUCGCUCGUCCCACCUUUUGGGAUAGCCUGCCCAAUGUUUGGGAGUUCUCCCUUGGUGUAAUCCCCGACUGGCGCGAGGUUCACAAGCGCAACGGUGUUAUUGAAGACCUGCCUCUUUCACCUCUGGACGCCACCGGCCCGACGUACCAUCUAUUGCAGGCAAUCGCAUCGCGGAAGAAUAUCAAGAAGCUUCACUUUGAGUGGAUCUGCGGCGGCGAGCUAGGCAUCGGGGCUGGCCAGCGAAAUCGUUAUGUCCUGCCAGCGCCCUUUGUUCCUGACCCGAGGCAGAUGGUCAAGUGGGACGUGUUGUUGAACGACGCCACAUCGCAUAGGGUCCUCCAGUUACCUCAUAUCACCGACAUGUCUCUGAAGAACUGCUGGUUCAGCCCUCAUGUAUUCCUUCAUACUGUUCAAUCCAUGUCGGUGUCCUCGUUGACCACCCUGAAGCUGGACACGGUCUCAAUCACUGGCCCCGUUCAGCGCACAGUCAGCGUCAGCUAUCUACCUCACAAUGGCGGUGCUGACAGAAUUCCGAAUGCAUGGCCAUGGCCCUUGUGUAUGGGCGCUGCUCCUGGACGGCCUUACACCUUUCAGGAAAACGUCGCUCAGGUACCAAACCCAAACGCCGUGCAGCAGCCGGCUCAAUGGGCAAACGUGGCACCGCCCCCCAAUGCUGCUCAGGCCACAGCAGACGCACCCCCACCAGGUAGCCAAGCUUGGCAAGGCCCUUUGCGGGAUCAUUGGAUCCCUGUCCCGGAAUUCCUGUCAUGGGCACAUAUUCUCAACGAGAUCACGCCGGGCCAAACUUUGCGUGAAAAGUAUCACGACCUUGCUAGUGACCCAUUUGAUCAGAGCGAAAAGUCCUUCCAAGAACUUCAGGAUCGUCUGAAGAGGCUUGGAAAGAAUCUGGAACGCACAAGCAAACGCGGUCUCCAUACAAUCGACUUCAAGUCUUGUGGCUACAUCCUUGUUGACGCAGAUCACAUAAACAACCACGCUCUAAUACCCUCAGGGCCGCGGAACGUCGCUAUGUUACCUUCGAUGGUUGAGAAGUUGCGCUGCCUCGACGGAUACAUGCUCAAGUCCACUGCUACGUUGCUCGGCAAGAUUAUGGACGACUUCAGCGAGGGUGAGCAAAACAUAUUGAGACACGCCUUCGACAUGACAUUUGGCUGGAACGGUGUGUAUGAGCCCGAGGUGGAGCACGCAGCGCACGAGGACGGGUUUCUGGAGCAAGGCCAUGGCCGCUUCUCGGGCGGCUGGGAAAAAGGUGAAGCGCGUUCUCUCGCGCUUCGAAUGCCGCCGAUGAGCAUCUCUACUCACGAGCGCUAGUGGCUGCUCGCACGCAGCUGCCCAUGUGUCUCUUUCGGAAAGGGCAAGAAGAAUUAUUCGCGCCUUUACGCCCAUCGAGUUGCAGAGCGUCUGCAGGAUUCUCACUUGCCGACCAAUCGCGCGUUAAAGAGGCUUGAGAUACACUUGGAAGAGUUGAAAUCUCCAUCGACCUCAAGGCUCACAACGGUGACACCACUCCCAGAUGUGCAGCCCAACUUGAGCCAGCACCGGAGUCAACAUGGCCACCCUUGGUCCCGCCCACACGAUUUUGAUAUCAUACUGGAGCCUGCAACUGUUUACGAUAGUGUUGCCAGGGACUCAACUGGGUUUUACGAGUUCAUCAAGCAGUAUAUCAAUCUUUACGACGAUGUUGACUUCUUGGGGUUGGAUGAGGAACCCGAGGAAACAACGAUGAAGUAUAAUGAUAAAUUUGGUUCCAUGUUUCCGUGGUACUGGGGCAACAGGCUUGCUAUACUUGUCAAGGAGCGAAGGCUCGUUGUGAACUUGGCCGACUUCGUGCUGGGUAAGUCGGAGCCCGUCUGCUGGAGCAUGCAGCCUGUCACGGCAGCGGUCCGAUGGGCGCAGAUGGAUGAGGCCAUGUUUAUCGUCAUUGAUAAUUGCCCUGGGCCAGCUAAGACACAUUCUAUGGCAGGGGCUGCCGAUGCUGCCUAUGUUGCGACCAUGCGCUGCCGGGACUAUGGUAUGGAUGGUAACCUAACCCUGAAUGAGGCUGGAGACAGCAAGACACCAGCCUCUGACAAGACUACAACACCAUCAACUUGGGAGUGCUCAAUUUGAGGUUAACGAACACGGCAGUGGAUCACUAAAUAGGAAACAGUUCGACGUGGAUGUUCUAGGACUGGCGCUUUGCGGCACGCAUCUCAGCGCCCAGCAUUGAUUGACGAGAUGCGCCGGUGAACAGUUUACUGCCACUUCUUGAAUAUUUCAUUCAUCUCUGGGUAGCAAUUGUCGAUAAUGACGGAUGAUAUGCCGCUCAAAAACUGAAGGAGACCCUUGGAACCCUCGUCACUGCACAAUUUGCAGGAUUUGAUUUCUGCCGCCUAAACUUCUUUUGCUGCGUCAAGUCCUACUUUUUAAGUGUCUGGUUCUUGUCAUGGUGGCCAAUUGUUCAUUAUCCACUCCUGCGCAACCUACCGCGUCACUAGGAGCUGAGAGUACAAGGCACUAUUUGGCUGUUCUCACAGCGUCCGCGUUCAGACGGUACGCGGUCAUAUCUUGUGGUUGGGUCCUUCUUUUUAAACAAACAACCUAUGCGCUCCUGCUAAUGAUGGCUUGGAACAUUUGGCUUGGCUAAUAUCAUCAACAAGCAGAGCUCCCAUUACUUCGGGCCGAAUAUAGGACCGUUGCAUGUUUUUGUUCCUGUGUAUACUCUUGUAUCGGGAUGCCCUCUCAGGUCAGAGAGGCCCCGAGUGUUUGCAUAACAUUUGUAAUAGGAAUAAACACCCCUAA